UUCUCUCUCAUUCUUACCCCCUCUCUCUUUCUCUCUCUGCCCACCAUAAUCAUUAUUCUCCACCAUUUCUGCAUCCCCUCCUUCUUACCUAAAACAAAUCCGAAGGGUGGUCUGAUUCCGCCAUUUUCGCCCCCCCCUUUUCUGCGUUCUUUCCGCUUCUCGAUCAGCAAUCUUGGUUGACCAAAAUUAUUCUUACAAGAAAAAAGGUCGAGAGGGGAAAAUGUCGUUUAUUGGAACGCAGCAGAAAUGCAAGGCCUGUGAGAAGACAGUUUAUCCGGUGGAGCUUUUGUCUGCUGAUGGAAUCAGCUAUCACAAGUCUUGUUUUAAAUGUUCCCAUUGCAAAGGAACCCUCAAGUUGAGCAAUUACUCGUCGAUGGAGGGCGUGCUGUACUGUAAGCCUCACUAUGAGCAGCUCUUCAAAGAGACCGGAAGUUUCAGCAAGAACUUCCAAUCCCCUGUGAAGUCAGCUGAAAAGUUAACUCCAGAGCUGACAAGAUCGCCGAGCAAAGCUGCCGGAAUGUUUUCUGGGACGCAAGAUAAAUGUGCUACAUGUGGCAAAACAGCUUAUCCGCUGGAAAAGGUGACGGUGGAAAACCAAAGCUACCACAAGUCUUGUUUCAAGUGUUCGCAUGGCGGGUGCUCGUUAAGUCCUUCGAACUAUGCAGCAUUAGACGGCAUCCUAUACUGCAAACCUCACUUUUCGCAGCUCUUCAAGGAGAAGGGGAGCUACAAUCAUUUAAUCAAGUCGGCAUCAAUGAAGCGACCGACUGCUGCUGCUGCCGCCAUUGUUCCGGAUUCCUGAUCAAUUGGUUUCUUGAUUUGCCUAUAUCUGUUCUUGAUUACUCACUUGUGUGUGGUGUGAUUUAUUUGAUAAUCUUCUUCUGGUUGAUCUUGAUCUUGAUCUUAGAUCUUUUUCUAAUAUAUUGAUGUGGGAAGUAAAAAUGUGUCUUGCCCAUGUAAUAUUCUUUCAGUUGGUGUGUUUUGAUCACAUGCAAUUUAUGGGAUCUUCGACUAAAAUGUUGCUGUUAUUUUUCAUGCUGAGGUUUUGGGAUCGUCAAAUUUAUUUUGAUUCGCUAAUGUUAUGUAACUUUGGUUGGUUA